AUGGCCUCAGUGCCUGUGUAUUGUCUCUGUCGACAGCCUUAUGAUAUGAAUCUCUUCAUGAUAGAGUGUGAUCUGUGCCAGGACUGGUUUCAUGGUAGUUGCGUUGGUAUUGAAGAAGAGAAAGCUGCUGACAUUGACAUCUACCACUGCCCUAACUGUGCAGUCUUACAUGGCCCUUCCAUUAUGAAAAAGUGGCGUGGUUCUUCUAAUGAGCAUGGAGUUCUCAAGAGGGAGCCUGUGAAGACUGGGAGCCCUGUCUUUAUCCACCAUCUCCAGCAUAAAACUUUUGAAAGCUCUGAGGAAGUGAUCUUGAAACCCACAGGAAGUCAGUUGACAGUGGAAUUCCUGGAAGAGAGUAGCUUCAGUGUGCCCAUCCUUGUCUUGAAGAAGGAUGGGUUGGGGAUGACACUCCCCCCAACAUCCUUCACUGUCAGAGAUGUGGAACAGUUUGUUGGUUCUGACAAAGAGAUUGAUGUGAUUGACGUGGCCUGUCAGGCUAACUGCAAGAUGAUGCUAAGGGAUUUUGUGAAAUAUUAUUACAGUGAGAAGAGGGAAAAGGUCUUUAAUGUUGUUAGUUUGGAAUUCUCUAAUACCAGGCUUUCUAAUAUGGUAGAGAUGCCCAAGAUAGUUCGUAAGCUUUCCUGGGUUGAAAACUUACGGCCAGAAGAGUGUGGCUUUGAGAGACCCAAGCUACAGAAGUAUUGUCUUAUGAGUGUUAAGGACAGCUAUACAGAUUUUCACAUUGAAUCUGGUGGUACUUCAGUCUGGUACCAUGUGCUUACCGGUGAAAAGAUCUUCUACCUGAUCCACCCAACCGAUGCUAAUCUGACUCUUUUUGAGUGUUGGAGCAACUCCUCUAACCGAAAAGAGAUGUUCUUUGAUGACCAAGUGGAUAAGUGCUACAAGUGUUCUGUGAAGCAAGGACAGACACUUUUCAUUCCUACAGGAUGGAUCCAUGCUGCCCUGACCCCUGUGGAUUGCCUAGCAUUUGCCGGAAACUUCUUACACAGUCUUAAUAUUGAGAUGCAGCUCAAGGCCUAUGAGACUGAGAAGCAGCUGAAGACAGCAGACCGCUUUAAAUUCCCCAGCUUCGAGGCCAUCUGCUGGCAUGUGGGAAAAAACAUCGUAGACAUCUUUGAAGGUUUAAGAGAGAACGGGAGGUACCCUGCCUCCUACUUAGUUCGUGGCAGCAAAGCUCUGAACGUGGCCUUUCAAACCUGGACAAGGAAAGAAGUUCUGCCAGAGCAUGAGAAUGAGAUUCCGAAGUCAGUGCAGGCCAUCCAGGUCAUUGAAGAUCUGGCUAAGGAGAUUUGUCUGGUUGAAGAUAUCUUCCAACAGAACACCCAGAAGAUGAGUUCUACUUCCAGGCUCCAGCAACUCUUCCCCACCAGUUCCUCUUCCUUAACUAGGCCAACUCGUUCCACUUCGGUAUCCAAAUCUAUAUUAGCACUGCCCUCCAAAAGGGCUUCAAAAAAGAAAGCCUCAAGGUAUAGGAACCUCUCAAAGAAGGCAGAACAAAAGGGCCAACAGAGUGUGGCUUUGGCGCCUGCUGGCCAGCAUAGCCGUGACCUCAUGCAGCCAAGCAAUCAUCAAGUACCGAAGUUAAAGUCUUCCCUAAACACAGAGUUUAACACCACUAGUACCUACUUGAAUGGAUCAGAUGAUUAUUCAAAACCUGCCAAAGUCUUUGAUGGGAAUGAGAGUGUGGUGGCUUCAUUGAUGGCUAAUGGCAAUACCAAGACAGUGAAGAGAUUUUCCAAUUCUUGGAGCACCAGAAUAACAAAGAAGAAAGAUAUUUCAAGGUUAGUGAAAGACCAAGUCAUGGGAGACAAAUUCGACCUGGAUACAAAUGAUGAGCUGCAGAUUAAAAAGAGAUUUGAACCAGGGGAAACCGAGAUUACCCUUAAGGACAACUCUCAAACAGAUGAAGAAAUGGUGAAAGGCUUUGAAGGCAGGCCUAGGAGUGGGAGUGGCUCUGGAAGAGUUCUUGAGGUGGUUAACACCAGCAGACAGGCAGGAGGACCUGGCUGUGUUCGCACUGAGGAAACAGACUCUUCCAACAGUAAGGGGGCUCUCCAGAACAUUGUGCUUUUGGCUGACUUGCAUUCUCCACCCUCACCAGCUCCCUCUGGCCUAAAGGAAUUUUGGAGUGGUGGGCAGAACCAAGGCAAAGAGAGCUCCAGCUUGGGCACAGUGUCUAACACUCCUGUUUCUCAGCACACCACAGGGAAAUGGCCCAUCAAGCGUCUAGCAUACUGGAGAACCGAGAGUAAGGGAAAAAAUGUGGAGGAUCAGAAUAGGUUGGGAGCACGCUUUAAGGAUGCUAAGUACAUCUACUUAACUCUGGAGUCAGAUGAUGAUGAUGAUGAUGAUGGUGACCCUGUUCUGAGAUCUCUACCAAAGAAGAGGAAGACCUCAGAUAAUGCCCCAUGGAUUCCUAGGCCAUGUGUGAUCCCAACACUACUGAAGCAGGACUGUCCUGUGCAUGAGGGUACCAGAGUUGCCUCCAUUGAGAAAGGCUUGGCUGCAGCAGCUGCAAAGCUGGCACAGCGGGUCAGCAACCUGAAGUUUGACCUAAGUCAAUGUUCAUGCUGA